CAGGACAGGAGGACAGGAGCAACUAGGAACCGCCGUGGCAGCGCACAUUCGACGCGGCUUCAAGUUACACUUCGAUUGGGCUUUGUUCCAUUUCAUCAUUAACAAUCGUGGUUUUGUCGCUUUAAACUCAAACUAAUUCAAAGUUAAGGUGUCGGGCCGUUCAAACAAUAAACCUACGUACGACAUAGUAGAAAGGCAUCAGAAGAAGACACUAACAGACGAAGGAAACUUGUCGUUUGGCUGUCAUGUUUGCUACUUGUUGAAAACACUGUCAGGCAGCCGGUGGAGGAAGGGCAGUAAUGGCUCAGUGAUGGCAGAGGUGCAGAUUGACCAGUCCAGCCUUCCCCGUGUCCAGGAAGUGUGCCAGAGUUUCGCUGUAUUGGAAGAUGGCGUAUUGGCACAUAACCUGCAGGAACAGGAAAUCGAGCAGUACUACACCACCAACAUCCAGAAGAACCAGCUGGUGCAGAACGACAUCCGUGUAGCCAAGCAGCUCCAGGAUGAAGAGGAGGUGCAGCAAGCUCAGCAGAGCGCCCUGCUGAGACAAGAGUCCAGACAACUAGAGGAACAGGACUUUGAGUAUGCCCGUUUAAUCCAGGAGGAGAUCAAGCGGACAUCUGAGGAGGCCUGGAGAAGGGAGCACGACGAUGAGGAAAUGGCUCGGCGAAUGCAAGAGGAAGAAGAGCAGAGGAUGAGGAGAACCAGAGAGCAGGAGGAGUACUUUGAAGGCAGCUCCAGCGGUUCUGCACCGCCAUCACCAAACCAGUUUACACUCCACCAACGCUGUCAAAGGGAGGCGCAGUACUCACCCACCACCACCAGGUGGCAGUAUUCUAACACAUCUAACCGUCCAGACUACUGUAGGCCUCCAGUUUACUACCCCGGCAGGGUGACAGAUCACAAUACAAUAACUUCAUGGUCGGAUGAAGGACACACAAACUCCCAUGCGGCACUCAGGAGAGCAUUAGAAGAGACACAGAUGCAUGCAGAUUGUGAGGACUCUGUUUACUUGGAACAGUUACCAAAUAAAAGACACAAUACAGCACCCCUUUAUCGCAGAUCGUCCUUACGUUUGCCUCAAGAGAGAGACUACAGGACUCUUUACACUCCCAGCAGCAUCACAGAGGAGUUCCAUUGCUGCGACAAGUAUUACGAAAAUGAUGAUAAAGACAAGAGGAGGGCCAGGGACUGGGAGCAGGAAAGAAGCUACAGAUUGGAAAAUGGGGCUUGGACCAUGUACAGUCAUCCGAAUGGAGGUUCAAGGUCAGUAGCGGUUGGAGAACGACCAUGUCGUCGCAGUGAAUCUGUCAGGCUCCAUGACAGUACGAGACAAAGCAGCCGAGACUCAUCUAGGACGUGGACCUACAGAGACAAUCCUGACAAACAUGUCCACUUUGCGGCCGACAUCAGGAGCUCAAACAAACACCAGGACACAAACAUGGAGGUGUGGGAGAUGCUCGGCCAUGUCCUCAAAGAGAGAGGUGUCCCUGUCAGGCUCGGGGGCAGCGGGGCACCUCUGAAAAUAGGACCUCAAAGCAGAGACAGCCAAGCGCUUCACAGUGGUCAGGUCUCCUACGGCGACUCCCAGCCACAUCAGACACCCUUCCAGAGAGCUGCCUCUGCCAGGCACAGUUUCCAUGGAGACAUUAGGGAAAGGAGAAGAUUAUCUCACAGGGAGAACAUCGAGAGGGAUAACAGAGGAUCUGAUUACAGUCACUAUGGAGAGCUUUGUGAGAUCGGUAGCAGAGAUUCGAGUCUGUCAAACAGAGAGAUGCGAGGCAAUAGAUGUUGGAAAGAGCACAGGAGCCCUGAUUAUGAGUACGAGAGCAGGAGUAGUGCAAACAAUGGCAUGGUCAGGAGGACAGCUGGCAGGCAUUGGCACAACACAAUAGAACGUUUCAAUUCUAAGGAGGAGAUGGAAAGGGGUGUAGAGCAGCCCCUUGGCAGAGCCCUCGGCAGCAGUUGGGCCAGGUCAAGAAGCAUGGCAGCAGGAACCUCGCUGACCCCCAAGAAAGAGCAGACAAGCUUCAACAUGGGGGCACUCCAGCAGGUUCUCCAGGAUGAAGAGCUGGCCCGCAAGCUACAAGAGGAAGAGUCACAGCUGUUUGCGAGGCAGACGCCACGUAGAUAUUACCCACAGGGGGACUUCCGAGUCGCACAGGUGGCCCAGGAUGAGGAAAUUGCUCAUUACAUGCAAAAUCAAGAAGUAAAGUCAAAUCGCAGAUCACGUGAGUUAGAAGGACCGGCAUCAUGGCGUGAGCACAGAGCCAUGAUGAGUCAUCACGACAGGAGAACUGCAAGAGAGAGACAGGUGCACAGAGAGAGGCUUGACUCUGAGGGUCUUCCCUCUCCCACUGAGGACUGCCCCCCAGAGAACCAGCCUUCUAGCAUCAUCUCCACACUACCACAAUCCCAGCAGCUAAGGAACAUUGCGGAGGAGCUGGACCCGACCUUCCAGGCCAGGAGCCAAGGAGCAGACAUCCUCCAAAUGGGACAAACCGGCCCUAUCAGUCAGUCACUUCCCACCAACUCCCUGCACGACUUUCCAGAGGAGCCGACCUUCAUCCCGCCCACCAAGCGUCCAGCAGAGAAACCAGGACGUGCUAAACCCAAAGAAAAGAAGGAAAAUUCUGCAACGACAAACCACGCACGUGUCCUUUCAUUUGAAGUCCCCGCUCUAAACAAGUUAGUGUGAUGACCCAUCUGCUUCUUGCUGCCAAAACUUGGGUAUGCAUGCAUUGUACAAUGACAGUCAAAUGAUUUCAGCUAAAUGGGAGUAAAUGAAUUCUGCUCUAGAAACAUUUACAGUAACUUCAGACUCCGAAGACUCUUUGGAUCCGGGUUGUCACAGAUCAUCAUGUUUGAACUGUUAUGAACACUGAAGAUAUGAAGCGUAGAAUAUGUUCUUAUUAGUCCAGUUCUAAAACUGCAAAAGAACAUCAUUUUUGGUACACUCAGUGGUCUCUUUGUUCCUUUUACGCAUACCUUUACAGGUUUAAACUCAUUUUUGAAAAUGUUUUCUUUCUUUUGUUGCACAAAUAAAGCACUUCUAUUUAAAAAAAACA